UUUUUGUUGCCAGUGCCAUGCAUUUCUCAAGAAACACACAAAAAGAGCGCAGCCCCAUUGAUUCUCCUACAUCUCUACUCCCCAUCUAGAACAUCAUCAGGAACAAAAAAUUAAAAAAACAGUGGUUAAAAAGAAAAGAUUCGAAACAGUGAUUGCAGUCCCCAAGAGAGAGAAGAGAGAUAUCACUUUUAUACACUUGCCAUUAAUCGGUAACAACUACCAACCCGGCCGAUCUCUACUUCCCUGCCAAUAUAUAUACCUAUCGACCCCUCUUCAAAGGUCGACGAACUCUCUGCCAUCUCACAUUUCCAUUUUCUCUUCCGCCGCCGGAACAAGAAGAAAAAACAGAGCAGGGAAAUGGCGAAUGGUGCUGAAAUCAUGGUGCAGAAGAAAGAUGGAGGAGAGGAAGAGAAUAUGGCCGCUUGGCUUCUCGGUGUCCAAACCCUCAGGAUUCAGCCUUACCAGCUCCCUCCCCUCGGUCCUCAUGAUGUCAAAGUUAGCAUAAAGGCGCUUGGCAUUUGUGGAAGUGAUGUUCAUCACUUCAAGACGAUGAGAUGCGCUAAUUUCAUAGUGAAGAAGCCAAUGGUUAUUGGCCACGAAUGUGCUGGGAUCAUCGAAGCCAUUGGGAGUGAAGUGAAGAACCUUGCUCCUGGCGACCGUGUGGCCUUGGAGCCUGGGAUCAGCUGCUCAAGAUGUAACCUCUGCAAGAAUGGCCGCUACAACUUGUGUCGUGAGAUGAGGUUCUUUGGUUCUCCACCAACCAACGGCUCUCUUGCCAACAAGGUUGUGCACCCGGCGAGCCUAUGCUACAAGCUGCCCGAGAACGUGAGCUUGGAGGAAGGAGCAAUGUGCGAGCCCCUCAGCGUCGGUGUUCAUGCCUGUCGCCGUGCACAAGUUGGACCAGAGACAACUGUGCUGAUCUUGGGAGCAGGGCCCAUCGGCCUCAUCACCUUGCUGGCUGCCCGUGCAUUUGGAGCCCCUCGAGUUGUGAUGACUGAUGUCGACGAGAGCCGGUUGGCCAUUGCCAAGAGCCUCGGUGCUGAUGAGCUCAUUCAAGUCUCAACUGAAAUGAAGGAUGCUAGUGAGGAAGUGGUGAACGUGCAAACUGCAAUGGGUUCAGGGAUAGAUGUGACAUUUGACUGUGUUGGGUACAACAAGACCAUGACUACAGCUCUGAAUGCGACUCGUUCUGGUGGCAAAGUUUGCCUCAUUGGUUUAGCUCUGAGUGAGAUGACCAUUCCACUCACACCAGCUGCUGCUAGGGAAGUAGAUGUGAUUGGGAUAUUCCGAUACCGGAACACAUGGCCGCUCUGCCUCGAUUUCUUGAAGACAGGCAAGAUUGAUGUGAAGCCACUGAUUACUCACAGGUUUAAGUUCACUCAGGAGGAUGUAGAUGCUGCUUUCGAGACUAGUGCUCGUGGUGGGAAUGCCAUCAAAUGCAUGUUUAAUCUCUAAGCAAAUCGAUUUAUGGGUGUAGGCUGGGUUUAGGGCUCGAGCUAUUGCCGAGAUUUCUCCUCUGGUAUGUUUCUGAGAUCGGGGUGGUAUGUGAGGAAAGCUAAAUCCAAAAAAGUCUUGUACCCAGUCGCUAAACAAUAAAGAUGCCUCCUCGGGCAAAUCAUUUCCACAUUUUCUUUAUGCUACAAAAGCCAAGAACUCAAUAUGUCCGACGAGCACUAAAAUGAUGCCAUGAACCGGCAAAAACAGGGGAUGCAUCUAACCAGUACUUGAAGCUUUAAGGUCUACAUCUAACCAUUGGUGAACCAAAUAAAAAAAAAAACCAGAAGAUGAUCAGAGGCGAGUAAUGAAAUCACUAGGAGAAAACUGUGAAAAAGAGUGAAAGUUAUGGACUUUACUUGCGCCUGCCUCCUCCAAAACCGCCAGAAGAGCUGGUAUCAUGGUGGCCAUUGGGCGGCUCAUCUACAGCAAUGCCGUCAGUGGAGCAAACGCUGGAGCCGCAAAGUUGAGAGUAACUCCAGUCUCACCAACCGACAACUUGGUCCAUCGAGAAAAGGAGAGUCGUUUGAAAUGAGUGAACCAAUGCUUGCUUACUAGUAACUGCAAUUAUUGAUCAAAAGUUAGCACAUUUACAACACCAAUCUUUAGGAAUGACUAUAUUCCAAAUGAGUUGAAGCCAAAGCACCCUGUGAUAGACCUAACAAUACGGAUUUUGUCAUCUACCCCCUAGUACAAAGUUAGGGCCGGGUGUGCAAUCAAUGCAAGAGAAAAUGGACCCGUCGGUCGCCAACAAUCUAGAUUUUGUCGUCUACCUCUUAUUGCAAAGUUGGGGUCAGGUGGGCUACUGAAAAAGACGGUAAAAGGACAAUCCAGUGGAUCUUUGAUGUACCUGUGAGCUGUGACAGUGGAAGAACAAUCACUGCAAGAGAAAAUGGACCCGUCCAUUCGCUAACCAAUGUUACAGUUGCCCCUCCCAAUCCUCAGGACCAAAAGAUUGUGGCUUUCCUCCAAUCUCACAGCAAUUUCAACAAGGCUGGAUGGUCCUGCCUUGUGCUGUGGCUGCCCAAGCGAGGCCAAAUUGAUCGAACCAUCUUGAUAGCUGCCGGUGACGUGGAAGAUGGCGAGCUCUAAUAUUACUUCCCACAAACAGUGCUGCUCAGUUGGUCGUCUCAUGAAAACAACACAAGAUCAUUUUACAGAAGAAUCUACAGUGUCCGUAUGAUGAGAAUGACCAGACCCAUCUCCAUCAUUCCCUUCAAUGGAGCUCCAACCAGAAGGCUUCCCCACAGUUCUUUCCCCCAUUAAUUUCCUCACUUGGUCAGCAUCUUCCCACCUGUCUGAACUUGCAUAAGCGUUCGAUAAGAAAACGUAAUUCCCACUGUUGAAAGGAUCCAACUCGAGGAGCUUCUUCGUGACAAUCUCAGCUAACCCUAAAUUACUAUGGAGCAUACAUGCACCUAACAAAAUUCUCCAUAUCACAACAUCUGGAACUAUAGGCAUUGUUUUUAUAAACUCGUAAGCUCUCUCUAAGUUACCUGAGCGGCUCAAGAGAUCCACAAUACAUCCAUAAUGUUUCAUCUCUGGCUUUAGACCGUAGACCUUCUCCAUGGUUUCAAGAUAUUCCAAUCCUUUAUCUACCUGUCCGGAGUGUUUGCAAGCGAUUAAAAUUCCAAUGAAGGUACCGUGAGUUGGAUGUAUACCUUCUCUAAGCAUUCUGGAGAAGAUGUUAAUUGCAUCAUCAGAAAGACCAUUGACAGCUAGCCCAGAAAUGAUAGAUGUCCACGAAACACCGUCCUUGUGUUUCAUUCCAUUAAACACAUCAAGUGCUUUCUCAACUGCACCACACUUGCAGUACAUAUCUACUAAGGCAUUACCUACAAAGACAUCUUCUUUUAUGCCGUGUUGACGAACAUAGUCAUGAAUUGCCUGCCCAACAUCAGCAGAGCCCAAGUGAGCACAGGCAGAGAGUACACUAGCUACUGUGAUCUCAUCAGGUUUUAUAUUAGCUCCCAUCAUAUCUUGGAAAGUUUUGACUGCAUCAGAAAAUUGGUUAGCUUUACAAUACCCUGUAAUCAUCGAAGUCCAUGAUAUGACAUCUCUUCUAGGGGUAUCCUCGAAAAUUUUCCUAGCAGCAACCAAGUUCCCUGACUUUACAUAGGCCCUAAUCAUUGCAUUCCAAGAUACUGUAUUCCUCGCUUGCAUCCUGUCAAAAACUCCCCGAGCUAAAUCCACUGAGCCACGCUGGCCAUACAUACCAAUCAGAGCAUUGCCUAAAUAAGCAUCAAUAUCUACUUUGUUGUGUUCAAUGUACUUGACCAUUAAAUCUGCUGUAUGCUGAUCCUCUAAGUGAAGACAAGCCAAUAAGGCUUUGACCAUUGUCACAGCAUCAGCCUUCACAUUGGCUCCCUGCAUCAAAUAAAAUAUACCCAAAACCUCCUUAAACCUUUUGCAUUCGGCAUAAGCACAGAUCAAAGAGUUCCAAGAAACCAAGUCUCUCUGCCCCAUUCCAUCGAACACCUUGCGUGCAGGCACGCAAUCCCCCAAAUAGCCAUACAUAUGUAUCAAAACAUUUGACACAGACAAAUCCGAAUCACACCCAAGUUUCAAACAAUGGGCAUGAAACAAUUGACCAAGCAAGACAUCCCCAACACGACCGCACGACUUGAACAGGAAGAUCAUCGUCAGAGUAUCCCCAACAAUUCCCCGGCGAUACAUUUGGUUGACGAACAUUUCAAUCGCAUCCAUAGGUUGAUAGAGCGCCAACCCCCGGAUCAAGUGAUUGAAAACUGGCCUCGUCGGGAACUGGAUUUGGCUGAAGGCGAGACGGGCUUUGUCGAAAUGAGACGGAGACAGAGCGUACCAUUUGAUAACGUCGGACAUUGCGUGUGGGUCUGGUUGGAGUCGGAGUUUGAUGAGUUGCGCGUGCUGCGCUUUGACCGAGUUGACGGGAGCUUGACCCUCCACGGCUCGCUUUAAGAUAUGCGAAGUGGGUCUUGACAGCUUCAUCGGAAAGGAAAGACGGCCACGAUUAAGCGCCAAAUUCAAAUCGAAAACCCAUUGCCCUUUUCCCCACCAGCCCCGAAGUAAUUCAAUGGUGGGUAACCAGUGCGGCAGUACCCAGUGCUCUGAGCCUGAGGGUAUAGUGUAGAAAUCGUUGCUUCAGCGGGCGAACUCUGAAGUCCUGCGGCCUCGUAUUUCCAACUUCCGGGAGGAAUUCGCCAGCGAGUUGAGAUUCGUCGGCUCUCGCUCAGGCGAGGCGAGAUUCCAGUUGGGGACUGUGAAAGCUUAAUUCAAUCGUUUUACAGGCCCAUUGAGGUCAUAUUGGGCCUGUAUGGGUUCAAAACCUUACGAAGUCUGAUGCAUAAGUG